UCAGGAUCUUCAGUGAACAAGUGAAAAUCCUGCCACUUCCUCUCCGUGAUGACUUGUGUAUGUGUGAGCUGGCUUCACAAACAGUAUCAUUGGACUGAAUUUAAUUAACUGACCAGGUUACCUUACCCGGUGCUGCACCCGUCUCGCAAUAUCAGCCUACUACUUCUUCUUACAGAGUCAUGACUUCAAAAAAUCAGGCUUGGUCACAAACUUUUCAAUGGCCACGGAAGUUCUUGAUGUCGUGUCCCGCUUAGAUGCUAUGCAGGAUUUCGCGUUAUACGCGUCAAACUCCUAUACCCGCAUGACCUUGCUCGCGGCGUUUUGCAUCCUACGAAUCGUUCGAAGCAACCUGAAAGAGCACAUUGACCUGCGUGAUGCUCAACAGUCGUUAUUCAAGGCGAUAUCAUUCGUCAAAAGGCGGUCCAUGCAACACGGCGACCUGGAUGAGAGGUAUGGGACGAUCCUCUCGCAGUUGUGGUCAAACAGCGAUCCGAUGGAUACUACUGCAGCUAAUGGGUUGGAUCUGAGGAUUCGUAGUCGUUUGUUUAUGAGCGUGGUAUUUGACUCUCUUUGGUGGUGGCGAGUCGAAUAUAACGGGCAAGGCAGUCCAUACGACAUGAACAAGACUGCGUCAGAAUCUGCCCAGACAGAUGCGACAGAUGCGGCGGAUGCCAGCACGUAUUGGAACUCGACAGCUAUGCCUGUAGGCGACGGCUUCGGGGCAUCCAACUUUCCCGAGGUUUACAUGGACUGGAACUUUCCUCUCAAUAUUGAUUAUCUUGGGUAGAGAAAGCACGGAUGCUCCAAGGAGCUACAUACAGCGUCUUCUAUGCAA